UUUUUUUUUUUCUCUCUCCAUUUUUAACACUUACGUCAGAGGUUGAAGCUUCUGCUUGGUCUGACGCAGAGACAACUUCCUGAACUUGAAUCAAACGAGGAGAGGGUUUCGAUGCAGCACAAGCUUUUACAGAAAGAAGGUCAAACAGCCCAACGCUGGUUCUAAGGUGCGAUUGAUGAUGGUCAUGACUAACAGACCUGAGUUGAGGCCUCCUCUUUUACUGCUGAUCAUGAGCGGCUUGGUCAUCUCCAACAAUUUAACAAGCACAGAAAUCUCUCAAAGCCAAAGUAUGACGACUUCCAGGUCUGUUCAGGAGCAUAGCACUGCAGUGCAGCCCAUCAGUGAUCCAGGAGGUCUCAUAGCAGCUCAUACAGAUGAAAACACAACCUCUGUAACCAUUAAUUCCAACGCAGGAACCGAAAAGAUCAGCACCAAUGCCUUGGCAGCAGGUACCGGAAAUGUUACAGGUAGUGAAAGCCCUCUACCUACUGGUCCUCCUGUACGAAACUCCACAUCCGCAUCUUCCACAGGACAUUCUACUCUCAUGCCUGUCACUUCAGUGGGACCUAAAGAAGGUACCCACAAGGAGGCCACAAAUUCAUCUACUGCGACUGUUUCUGUAGCACCCACCGUUCAUGGACCUCCCACAAACACAACCAGGCCACCAAGUUCUCACGUCACAGAGAAAACAGCUUCCACUGCUGCGAAACCUGCAUCAACCAAUCCUCCGAGCUCCCAGAGCAGCCAGACCCCAGGAAAAACCACCACCACCAGCACCACUACAACCACCACCAGUGGAGGCAACAGAGGUCACAUCUGUCCCACCAAAGAAGCCCACAAGAAGGAACCCAUCGUGGGCCUCUGCCUCAUCGCCAUCGCCGUGCUGGCAGGCCUAGCCAUCAUCUUCAUCUUCUCCACCAUCAUCUUGGCUACAAAGCUAGCCAGCAGCAGAUACAGGAACAGGAUGCAUCUCCUCCAGGAUACGGAGAUGGUCUGCAUCUCUGCUCUCAUGAACGACACCGAGCAUCCCAUCCCUAAACCGAGGCACCCCAAAAGCAACGGUGCACUGAUCCCCAACAUGGAAGAUGAAGACGGGGAUGCGCUCACCCUCAACAGCUUUCUGCCUGACACUGAGUGCCCAGCGCUGAAUUAGCCACAUGUUUUCCCUUUACAUUAAUGUAGUUAAUCAGCUCAGACAUGUUUUGUGUCUUUAGCGUAGCUAAGAGGCUAACGUGGAUAACACAUAACGGAUCUUAUACUGUUAUAAUCUUAUACUCCAACAAUUAGGGUGUACAUUUGCUAAAAAGUCCAAUAGAGAUGACUUCAGGUAAUUUUGGUGCACCAAAACUGCACCAUUUUAAUUAGCUGAGUGUAAAUAUCCAGGUUUUAGCUUAUCUGGGUGCAGCAAGAAUAUCAAGUAGAAUCAACUUCAGAGAAGUCAAAAAAGUUUUAUUAUAGAAAAUGAUUUCAAUAACUCUUAGAUUAUUUUUUAAACACAAACACAUCUAAACUUUAGAUGAUUCUGAUUGAUGCUGGAUUGUGUUUGAAAAAUACAAUAAAUAAUUUAGAUUCUAAAGCCCUUAUUGAGCCAGCAUGUAUUAUUCUGAUCCUUUUAAUUGAAUAGUAGAGUAACAUACAGACAAGAUGCACAUAUUGAUACAAACAGCAGAACCUAAUGGCCUGUCAUCACCUGUCAGAGAGUAAUCCAGCUCAGAAAAACAGUCGUCAUUACAGCGAGUCUGCUCCAAGCUCACAGAUGCUGGCUGUUAGCAUCACGACUAACCCACUCACUGCAGAUGCUGGAUGCUGAGUCUGUUAGCAUUGUGGUUAACCUGCUAUUCUAGACUUUGUUUAAUAGGAUAUAAUAGAAGAGUCAUCAGGUCAUUUUAGGUGAUUCAGUUUUUUAUUUCUGUUGAAUACUGAAUAAUAUUCUUAAAGAAAGUCCUUGGAGAAAUAUGAUAUCUAUAUAGAUAUAUAUCUAAUGGAUUCAUUCUCUAAAAAGGAGCCUUAUUCACCAACCAUUCUUACACAGUUCUGUCAAAGAUUCUACUAUUGACAACUUUUCUUAUUGAGAUUUGUUUAUUUUUGAGGACGAUAAUGUUGAUUAUAGGAGCUUAGAUUUAGAAGAAAAACAUAUUUAAAAAAAAUAAAAAUCUGUUGCAGGAUCUAAAUGUUUAAAACAAAUUCUUAAGACAAAGUGUGGAAGAUAUUGAUGAAUAGGUUUAUAGUUCUUUUUAGAGAACUUAACAGGAUAAACUAGCAAACUUCAGACACAGAGCAUGCCUUAGACGAUUGGCCACAUGUGUGUAAAGGGGAACAAUUGUGAAAGUAAAUUUUUCACUGAACUGUUGUUUUAAAAUCUGUCAGAUUUAGGAUGCUGUAAAGUGGGACCCACCCAAGUUAUCAACCACUGACUGAAUGACUGUUCACACCUUAUAACUUGAAUGUUCUUCAUAUGUGUCUAUUCCCAGAAUGUAGAGAUGGUACCUCUGUAUAUAGAAGAUUGUUAGGAAUGGGCUGAUAUUAAUCAGUGGAAAGAAUUCUACCAUGAUCAUUUCUACUCACUCAUUCCAGAACAUCCACUGAGAGAGUCUGUAGUCAUACCAGGCCAGUGCUAUCAAAAAAUUGUUUGUGCACUGUUAUGGCUACUGAGGGACCAAAUCACAGGCCACACCUACAUGUGACUCAUUUCCUUUUCUCUUGAUUUGACUCGUCAGUUCCUUUACUCAACGUAUUUUUGAAGCCUUCAGCCCACGUGAAAAUAUUGGUGUGCAUGCAGCCACAGGAAGCGGCUGAGAGCGGGGAAGCAGAAGCUGCCUGCUUUAAAUAAUAUUGGGUGUGCAUUUGUACAACUGUUACCAUGAACUCUUCUUUGUUUCUUUUCUUUUUAAGCUGUUUCAAAACCCUGAGCAGAGUAGAAUGUCUCAAAUAUGAAGUAAAUGGAGAUGAAGAACUUCGUAAAUGCACAGUUUAGCGUCUAGUUUAUAGAGUUAUCUACUCAUAAUGGAAUGUCUUGUAUAUAUGUAUGUAUGUUAUGUAUAUUUUCUUUUUUUACUAUAAAAAAGUUACUAUAAAAGUUACUAUAUACACAUAAGAUUGCUGGUUUGAAUCCUGUUUAUGCAGAUUGCCAUCAGCUACCAGAGCCCUGAGAGAGCACAAUUGACCUUGCUCUCUCUGGGUGGGUAGAUGGGGCUCUUUCCCCACAUCACUCCUAAGGGUGAUGUUGAUCAGCACAAGGUGUCUGUGAGCUGAUGUAUCAGAACUGAGUCGCUACGCUUUCCUCCGAGUGUUAGCACUGUGAUGCAACUCAGCAAUGAAGCAUCAGCAGCAGUUCAAAAAGAGACAGAGUCUGACUUCACAACGUAUCAGAGGAGGCAUGUGCUAGUCUUCACCCUCCUGACAUCACUAGUGAUAGUGGGAGUCCUAAUGAGAGGGUUGGGUAAUUGACCUCGUAAAAUGGGAAGAAAAUGGGAUAAAAAUUGAAGGAAAAGUUACUGUUCACACUGCUGUACAGAAUUAACUUAGGCUAUGUUCAGACUGCAGGCAAAUCAGAUUUGUUGAGGUGACUGUUCAUACUGUUAUUUGCAAGUGAUCAGAUUGGACUCACAAUGAUGAGUCAUUGUUUGCCACACCCAUUUGUACAUCUAAUUCUAAUCUGAAAUUAAGUUGGGUCCAGUUGUCAUUUAUGGCUUUCCAGACUAUUAAACAAUAAUGUGAACAUAAACUAGACAUGCCAAAAAUCUGAUUUGGGUUCGCGAUCAGAUUGGAUUUGCCUCUCUCAACAUCACAAACUUAUCUGCAUGGGUUGCUGUGGUAACAAGGUUGACAUGAGUAAAUACAACCCUUCAGCACACUUCAUGAACUCCUGCACUUCUGUCACUCUGGCUUUAAUAAGGUCCUUGUUUGUCGAAAUCUGAUUAGAGUUUCUAGAAUGUACAGCCUUGGACUCAUCUGUACAAAUCCGAUUGUAAUCACACUUCACACCACCUCCAAAUGUCAGAACUAUUUCGUAAUGAAUUUAGACACAUCUAGAUAGAAAAAGAAAAUGUAAUUGGCAUGAGAGUCAACACAUAGCCUUAUUUGCUUAUUUUAAGUGAUCAGAUUUGUGUGGACAUGACCUUGUUUUUCAUUGGUCAGAACCAACAUAAAGUGCUCUAAGGAAGGGCAACCAGUGAACUGGCAACAGGAUGGUCAUGGACACCCAGGGGUUCAUUGAUGCAACCAUUACAAAAAAUAAAUUUAUUUAAGAGUACUAUUAGUAUACUUCUUUUAAACUAAAAUAAAGCAAGUACAUUUUCAGUUUACUUUUUCUGUACUGUACAGUGACAUACUAAAUAUAAUUAUACUAAAGCAUACUUGGCUUAUACUGACAAGUACACAGAAAAGUCUAGGUAUAUUUAGCAUAAACUUGUGUAAGGUGGGAGAGUUUUGUAACAUGCUUCAUAUAUAUUAUAAUCCAUUACCACAUACAUAUCCUGAGUAUUUUAGCUUAUUUUUAGAUGCGUAGUCUAAACCUAAAUCUAAUUAAAGAACAGAAUUAAAAUAAUUAAAAUACCUAAGUCUAAAUCUAGUAGUGUACUUCACACUGCAAAAAUAAUCUAGGAGUAAACUGUAAGUACUAUUAUUAUUUAAGUUCACUUAUAAAUAUACCUUAAGUAUAAAAUCACUAGACUAGUAGUUUACUGAGAGUAUAUUUAAAAGUGUGUUUUAAUAAGCUAAAAAGUGGAAUGGAUGUUUAUAUGUAGUAAACUAACACUUCACUUUAAUAUAGUUCAAAGUACCUGAACUACAAAAUUAAACCACCUGUACAAAGUUUUAUAAAUGUAUAAUUAAAUACAAUUAAAAAUAAACUUGGAGUACAUUACUAGUUUACAUCUAAGUUUUAUUUUUGCUUGUAUUAGUAAACUAGUUGUGUAGUCAGAGUGUACUACUUGUACAUCCAAAACCUAAACUUAAAAGUAUACUUUUAUAUACUAAAAUUAAUUUAAAAAAAUACUAAAAAAGUCCUAAGAAGUAUUGAAAUAGUACACGUACAAGUCUUUGACACUUACAUUGAUCCUAGUAUACUAAUAUACUUCAACUUAACCUAAGCUUACUUAAAAUAAACUGUAAGCAUACUUAUUUUUGUAAGCAAAUCUAUGGAGGCUUGACCUCACAAGUUACAGGACUUACAGUAAAGGAAUGCAGGACACCUUCAGAGGUCUUGUAAAGGUCAGGGCUGAUUGGUGGCACAAACAACAAUAACCCAAAGCAUUAUGACCAUCUGCCUAAUAUGCUUUUGGUCCUGUGUGCCACAAAAAAAUAGUAGGUAAAAGUGCUCAAUGAUGCCAACAGUGGACAGAUGCUUUAUUAGAUUGAUAUCUGUGUAAAUUAGAAUUUGGAUAUAGUCUAUAAAUCUUAACCUUGACCAAUAAAUGGUCAAUGUAGGUGCCUUGUCCUGCUGAACACAAUCACUAAAAGAUUCCUAAUGACAAGACAAGAAGGCAAGUGGUGUAAUGGGAAAGGAAAGGUUCAUCAAACUGAAAGCUGAACCAGGCAUUAGCAGGACACUGAUGCACUAAUGGACUUUAGGUGACCAAGAUCAGGAGGUUCUCACCACUGCUGACCAGGAGCCAGCGCAUGCCCUGUGAUUAAAAACGCUGAAAUCACUCUGAUCUCAUGAGAAACCAUGUUACUCACAUCCAACACACCGAUUACGAAAAACAACUGUUCAGUUACUGUUUUUUUUGGUAUGUGCACCAUUGUUAUGAGAUGACUGCUGUAGUAUUUGCUUCAUCUGUAAAUGUAUAUAAUGUUUUGACUUGUUCAUGUAUAUUAAAAACACUAAAACUACA